CGCUAACUGGGCAGUGUGUCAGAAAAGUCCACGCGCUUCACAAGUGGCGGGAGAAGAAGACCCGCAACCAGCAUGAGCGUCCACGUCGGUCCCUACGUAAACGAUGACGCAGAAUUCCCCGAGCUCAUGGCGGAGCUUCGGCUGUGGCGCAAGGAAGUUCGAUGGUGUGUCCAGCGACUCUUGGAGGAAGGAACUCGGUACACGAUCGAAUUGACAGCUCCAUCGUUGGGAGCAGCAUUGUACCGUGAGGCCUUCGGACUAUACUCCGUGGAAGUGACAAGUAAGGCAGUACAUGGUCGCAGUUGGCAUCAAAUGGAGAAAGGUGACUUUCUUGUGGGCAUGAACAACAUGAAUCUUGUCGUGGACGACUUGUCCCUGGCGGAUGUGACAUCGCGUGUGCAGACGCUGCCCCGUCCGUCGUAUCUCCAGUUCGUCCGACUGCACAAAGGGGCCACCAACGAAGUACAGCAUCGUCUUCGUCAAAUCCAAAAACAGGCGGACAUCUUGGAAAAGCAGCGGCAUGUGUUGCACAACCGCGCGUUGGAAUUCCACGUGUCCGUGCGCGAAGACAAGGUAAUCAAGGCACUCUUGGAGCGACAGAGCGAAAUCUUGGCCUUUGUGACGAGGAAAGUGGUGUGGAUGAAGGGAGGUGUUAAUCUGUCGCGGGAGCACCGACUCAUGGACAAGAUGAAGAUGUGGAUGACUCUUCAACUCGAAAAGAAGUUACCCGUUGUGCCAAAACCCGCUUCAAUUUCAGUAGUCAGUGAACCGAGGUCGUCGGCCCCAGCCAUCGUCCCGCUCUCCCCCAGGUCGUCCGGCAUGGCCAAGGUCAUUGCCCCGUCCAAAUGGCCGCAACAACACGUCCAUUUUCCGGUUCGGAACCUCUGGUGGAUCGACGACUUUCCAACUGUCGACUUGGUCUGGUUCGGGAAGGAGAAAGAGAAGAAUUUCAAUUCGCUGCUGAAGUGGUACGAAGACGCGCUCCAGAACGACGUGUCGCUCGCCACCGCCAAGGUCCUCUCAGAACAGAUUGUGAAAUCCCUUGUGCGCCACUGGAUAGACGUGCGCAACUCGAACACUUCGGUUGAUCCCCAAAAGCUGCGGCGCGACUUCCUCGACCACGCGCGCCAGCUCAAGGCGAACCUUCAGGCGAACCCUAACUUGCGCGCCGACAUUGUGCAAGAAGUGAUCACCCCUGAGGCCCUCAUGACCAUGUCGAAAGACGACAUGGCUUCACCCGAACUCUUUCAGCAACGUCAAGAACUACAGCAAUCUGCGAUGCGCCAGACGAUCCUUCAGCCCAUGGAAGGCAAUGUGCUGAUCAAGACGAGGGACGGCUUUAGGGAAGUGCCUGUACCCGUUACCGUGGCUGGCAGCACCAUCGAUAUUCCUGAAACUCUGUCACAAUACGGCAAUCUCCAACCAGACGUGCUCUCACAGCCGACAAAUGUCGAUUCGAAGGGUCCUGCGGUUGCGACACCCACAGGUCCUUCCACGACGAAGGAAAUGGCCCGCCACGAGCCCACGCCGCAGGUCCCGCCCAAGCCAUUCCCACCCACAUCUUUUGUGCCAGGACACCCACAGAAUGUAGAUGCAAUGCGAAUGAACCACGAUAAGGACCGCAUGCACCAGGCCAACUCACACAUCAAGCCCUUGCCCAAGCGAGCUAGUCCGCUUCCAAUCCCAGUACCUGUGUCUCGCCCUGCUGCAAGCACAGCACCCCCCAUCAAACGCCACCGGUCAAUCGACGCCACGUCGAUCAAGAAGACCGGAUCCCCGCUGAAACGCACGCGCAGCACGGACGACCAGACUAUGAGGGCAUCUCAACCCCAGGGGCCGCGACCGGCCCCGACAACGUGGAAGGUCAACGCCCCCGUCGUGCCGUCGCCCGCGGCGUUGGCGAUGGACAUGUCGUCAUUGCCCAACUUAACCCCGUCAAUUGAAGUCCAACAGACGAGGGGAUUUAUUCGUGAAAUCUUCACGAAUCAAAAGAGCGUGAUCGCCAACGUAACCAAACUCAUCCAAGUCGGCAACAUUCUUGGCCAGCAAUCGGUGGCCCCGGAAAUUAUUGCGAAAACGGAGACGAUAUCGAUCCCAGGGAUGGGAUCUGUCGUUCGCGUACACAUUGGCAAGUUCACUGUCCAGUCGACACCUGAAAAAGGCGCGUCCAUGGGCCAAGUCAAGCAGAACGGCGUCAAGGCAUUCGUCGAGGCAAUCGAGAACUUGCGGAAGGUGUUUGUUCAGGUCGUGGAGAAAUAUUGGAGCAAUCGGCAGCGCGGAAUGGACAAAGUCCCCGCCGCCCAGGAAUUGGUGCAGUCCUUUCCUGAUGUGAUCGUGCAAGACACACAAGCCCGACCGAAGGAAUUCAUUUGCACAUGGCACAUAAACAAUGUCUUGGUGUGCAGACAGGCACAUGCCGAAGAGUACGAGGCCAAAGUGUGUGGCUGGAAAAGCUUUAGCGACUUUUUGGAGUCCAUGAUAUCCAAGGUUGUUAAGGGUAGCCAUCCGUCAGCAAAGAAGUCACGGACCGACGAAGGGCCCACGACAGCAUCCACCAUCUCGCGAGGUUCGUUGAAGCCGACCAGUCGCGCACCAACCGGGGUGGUGUCCAAGUCUAGUCGUCCCAGUGGAGAGUGCUCACCGGCGUCGCCUCAUUCCCCCGUCGAUUGCUACGAAGCUGAGAUCAUGCCAAGCAAGUACUCACGGCAGCACUAGCUGUAUAGAAGGGACAAUCAACACCCUGGAACAAACACAACUCGUGUCUUCAUCCCGCGGCGCCAUGCCCGCGGCCAUCGCAAUUUGAAUUUCAGUUAUCGUCGUUAUCGACGUUUGAUUGGCUAAAAUUUUAGCCAAUAAAAACGAAGUUCGGAAUGGCG